AUGUCUCUUUGGACUGGAUUUCCAGCGGGCAUUGGUCAAGGCCAAAUGAUACAGCCAUACACACAGCCUCGUCGCCCUCUCAAAUGCCAGGCGAAGGCUUGCGACUUCGAAAGAAAGCUCGGCCACAAGUUUGUGGUCAAUGAAGAGCUCCUCCAAAACAUAGAAGAAGACAAUACAAAUGAGGAUGCAGUCCUGCUUGACAUGCCAUAUGAGAUCCUUCUCACGAUCUUCGAUAGCUUGGCUCAUUCUCCAUCUCAGGUUGCACUCGCACUGACUUGCAAGCGCAUGGCAAUGGUCGCUAGAGAUGUCCAUCUCCAUCUUUCAGCAUUCUCUGCCAAAUAUGCCGGCUUCUUGCCCAAGACAGUCUUCGACGUCCCGGAAUUGAUGACUCAAUUGAAGCCAUGGAUGCCAGCCGAGCUACGGCUCUGCAACCACUGCCUGACCAAUCGUCCGCGUGCCGAAGAAUACUGGGCUACUAUCAUUGGCUGCGAAGUGAGCAAUUUCUGGAUCCAGAAGACCGGGUGGAAUUUCCACAAUGCCAGUUGGCAUAAACAGGUCCAUGAUAUCUGCCCUGCUUGCCAUGCCUCAUGUUCCUUGAGCGAUUACGUCGAAUGUAAUGGUUGCCGAGCUCUUGGUAGACUCGGUGAUGUCGAUUGGACAAGAGUGUCUGGGAACGCUGGUCGCUUUGCAACAUGA